GUGAGAAUGACUUCAGCAUCUGAAUAGCAAAAGACGUCAACGACCACAAAUCUCGCUUCCCCCGGCUCGCGGCUGGCGGCCAUCGCUCCUCAAGCCGCUGGAAUCGCUUCUAAUGAUGUGAGGCGAGGCACAUCGGCUCCUGAUCAACCUGCAGCCCCACUGGCGUCCCUUAGGCCUUACCCCGGCCUCAGCCUAGGGCCACUCACCACUCUCCAUUUACCAUCAUGACGUCCCUCCAAGUGAGAGGGCCGGACUUCUCGGUCACCAAGCAGAAAGCUAUUGAAGAUGCCAAGAAAAUGCAAAAGGUCGUUGCCGAGCAGUGCUCCAAGGCCGGAAAGGACACUCCCCAAUACCACCUCUCGGAACUCAUUGGCAAGGGCAGUUUCGGCCGCGUGUACAAGGCCACCUCCCUGUCGACAAACCAGCUAGUCGCCGUCAAGAUUAUCGAUAUUGAAGAGAGCGACACAGUGAACCCGAAGCUGGCCGACACGUACAGUGACCUGCUUAAGGAGAUCAACGCCCUGAAAUUGCUGAGCGAAAGCGGCGCCAAGAACGUCAACCAUGUCAUCGAAGCCGUGCCGGUCGGCCAGUCCAUGUGGAUGAUCACCGAGUAUUGUGCGGGAGGCAGUGUUUCUACCCUCAUGAAGCCGACGGCGCCCGGUGGUCUGCAAGAGAAAUGGAUCGUCCCGAUUCUGCGCGAGGUGGCCGAGGCCGUGUACUGGGUUCACCGAGAGGGCAUCAUUCACCGCGACAUCAAGUGUGCCAACAUUCUCGUCACCGAGACUGGAAACGUCCAGCUCUGUGACUUCGGCGUUGCCGGAGUCAUCGAAACCAAGUUCGACAAGCGCUCUACCGUCAUCGGCACGCCCCACUGGAUGGCACCCGAGCUCUUCGACUCUUCUGCCUCGUACGGAACCGAGGUUGAUAUUUGGGCUUUUGGUGCCAUGGUAUUCGAGAUUGCCUCGGGUAUGCCCCCCAAUGUGGUGGCCGGCAUGGACUUCAAUAGGCUAGGAUCCUACCUAAAAUCACACACGCCUCGCCUUGAGGGUGACCAGUACUCCCAGGGCCUAAAGGACCUAGUCGCGUAUUGCUUGGAGGACGAUCCCAAGAAGCGCCCCACCAUCGAGCAGGUCCAGCGCCACCGUUACAUCCACAACACCCAAGAUGCCUACCCGGUGUCCGGUCUGGCCCAUCUUGUCCGUGGCUACAAAUUGUGGGAAGCUCAAGGAGGUAUCCGCAAGUCUCUCUUCUCCGCUGGGGGAGCUCAAGGGCCUGACCUUUCGUCUCUGGGCUUCGAAAAUGACGAAUGGAACUUUAGCACCACCGCCGCAUUUGAUCAACAGACUUUCGGGAAUGGCGAUGCUCAGGAAGUGUUUGAUGUCUACGGUUCCGGCGUCGGCUUCGAGCAGGACGGGUUCGAUGAAACCUCAAGACCUCAGAAGCCGAAGUCUCGUCGACGCCCUCCGCCACACCUCCCUUCAGUGAAGGCGCCCUUGGAAAAGAUAUUCGACCCAAACACCAUCUCAAGUUAUGACGAUAACUCCCGCGCAUACUACGGAAGGCCUUUCCCCCCACCAGCCUCAGCAUCCGAUCUCCCUCUGCGAGAUGAUUCAACUCAAACACCGGGUGUCAGAGAGUCGCUGAUCGACCUCGAUGCAUCUUUGCAUGGAAGCGAUCUUUCAGAGUUUGUGGAUAUGAGCACGAUCAGGCCUACUGACUCAAGGGCAUCUAUCGACUACGACUUUGGUGACACGCAUUAUACCAGGCCUCCCAACAGCGACCCUGCGGAUCUGAGUAACAACCGCAGAACGCGAGACUGGAAGUUCCCAUCUAUGGCUGCUCCUCCUGCCUCCGCAAACCCGGAAAUGUUCAGGUUUCCCUUCAAUGAUGACAACGCUCCUAGCACCAGCCGUCUCAUUCACCCUCCUACAGAGCCACUCCAGGCCGCAGCACAGUUCAAUGAUCUUGUGGUACCUCAGGCGCCCCUGAACAACCGUGCCUCGGCUGGGAGUCUCAUCGAUCUAGACAUGAGUUUUGCAGACCCCGUCACCGAGUAUUCCAGACCGUCCACAUCACACUCGGAUGUCGGCUCUGUGGCUGGCUCAGAGGUGGGAGGUGCUAACCCAUUUGAGCUGGAGAAGCACGCAUCUCUUUAUGUGAUGCCUUCCGGCAUCCGGGAACCCUCAAUCUACGUAUCUGAUGACUCGGAGUUCUCGAGCGCUGUUGCGGAACUCACUUUCAAUGAUACCCAACACCACGACCUUCAACCACAAUUUCAACUUCCGCAGCAUCCGCAGCUCCAGCAGCAACAUAAACUACCGCCGCUGCAGCCACCACUGCUCACCACGCAACCUAUGAACAAUCAAGUUCCAAAUGAGAGGCCAUACUCUCUAAGUGAAUUCGCGGAUACGGAUCCGGAGUUCCUCACUCCUCAACAGCCCGCGGUCCCUGAGGUUCCCCGCCUCCAGCAGCCAUCCUACGAGGACCAGCAGCCGGUAGAAGAGGAAUACCGCCGUCCUAUGCCACAUCAGUCAUUCCUUCCACUACCCCCCACUGCCCCGGCACCUCAAGUUAUGGAAGGCCAGGCAUCCUCCGAGCACGUCAAGGAGGAGCUUCGGCGCAUGGCUAUGAGUCUUGGUGACCACCUCAGCCAUGCAAAUUCGUAUCUGUCGGGCUUGCCAAUUCGAAGGGCUAGUACAACAAGGAUGGAGCCUGUUGGAGAUUUGUCUUGAUUUAUCUAUGCAUCAGGGUCAACUAAAUUGCGUGCGAAAUGCUGAUUAACAGGAAUCAGCACUGGUUACAAUCAUUAGAAGCGAUCAUCUGCUCAGGAAAAGGAGCCGGCAAAUAUCUUAAUAGGAUGGAUUGGAUUUGGGUCUGCGAUGGGCGUUGGCUUAUGCGAUUUAUGACUUAGUAGCGACAGUCACAACACGAUAUAUCAAGAAUGCAUCAUAUCAAAUUUCA